AUGGCAACACCGGUUCUCAAUUAUGUCAGGGUGUUCCUGGCCCUCGUCUUCUCCAUUUUCUUGUUACAAGCCACUGCUACUCCUAUCCAUGGUGAGAAUGGAACGGUGCCAGAACGAAGCUCGAAAAUCCUCGGAGAGCAAUACCCCAAUUUGCUUGGAAAGAGAGCUAGGUUCGAUGUUAAUCGUCGUAGUUGCUCAUCUGAGCAAGUGGCCUUAUUGGACGUUGCGAAGGGAGAUGCAAUUGCAGCAAUUAGCCGGACGAUUGAGCGCACAAGGGACCUUCUUUCAAUACUUGAAACUAAGCCAACUAAGAAGAGUAAAUUCCAAGGCUCGAAUUAUGUAGCACUCGCAACAUUUGAAGUCUUCUUUGGCGGGGUAUACUUUAGGGACGAGAAAAAGGACGCGCCUGGCCGUGCGAGAGUGAAAAGGGUUUUAGAUUUUGCGGAAAGACUUUUGGGUGGCAUUACUGUGUCUACAGAUUCCCUUGUCUCGAUCUGGUGCGGUGAUGAUUGGCUACUUGACGAAGCACCAGAGGGCCACAAGAAGCUGAAGAAAGGUUAUGUUUGGAUUGACCUCCCCGCAGAGAUUGGAGGCCAAAAGAAGCUAAAGGCUGGCGGUUGUAACCAGAACAAAAGAGCCCUGGGAAUCACGACUGUGCUGGACGGCGCCGAUGUUCUGACAUAUUGUCCACUCCUAUUCUCAUCGAUGAACGAACCAAAAUAUAAGAAAUACAAUCCGUCUUUGAGGUCGCUUGUUGACACCAGAUUUCCCGAAAAAAACAUGAAUCUGGAGGAAUUUGGUCUCGGAAAUCCUGUCGUGACCACAAUCCAUGAGUUCAGCCAUUGUAGGCAGAUAGUUGGAGAUUUAAGACUAGUUGAUGUGAUUGUUCCCGAUACCACGGAAGCGGCAUAUGACUGGGAUUUGGUGAAAUUACUAGCAGAAAAAGACAGCGAUUUGGCCUUGAACAAUGCGGAUACUUUUGCCCUCUACGCAGUUGCAAUGUACUUGGAGAAGAACGCCUGGUUCAAGGGAUAUUCCGACAAACCACCAAAGUGA